AUGACAAAUACAGUUUCAUCAACAAGUGGUACCGCUAAUCGGCCACGUCUUUGUCGAUCUGAUCAUCAACCAAAUAUGCUUGAAUAUAUUGAUACAACAUUAACUGAUUCAUUUUCAUCACGUUUAAAAUUACAAGUAACACCGCCAACAACAACAGCAGCAACAACUACUACUGCUACUACUAAUGUAUUACUAUCAAACGCAUAUGAUCAAUUUGGUAAUACAAUUGUUGAUCAAUAUCUUCUUUAUAUUUUAUGUCAAAAAGUGAAUCCAAAUCGAACUGACAAUAGGACUAAAGAUCUAUAUCAAUCAUUACAUAAAUUAUUUCUAUUUAAUGGUAAAAUAUCGAAAUCUUUUUUUGAAUAUUCUCCACCACCUCUUAAUUGCUCAAGUUAUCAAUCUUUAUUUAAUAAUUAUACAAAUUUUAUUUGGAAUGAAUUUGAUGUUGAUGUUUUACUUGAACUUGCUUGUUUUUUAUUAAAAUAUCGUUUACGUGAUAUAUUUAUAAAUGGAACAAAUAAUAAAACAAAUAUGAAUUCUAUAAGACAAAAAAUAAUUGGCUAUUUUCUUGAAAUUAUUGCAAUAUAUUAUAUUUCUACAAAUCAUUAUGAAUAUUUUAUUCAUUCACGUUCAAAAGAUAUGCUUUUUCCAUAUCCAUCAUCAACUCUUAAUUCUGAAGAUUAUCAAAAAGAAAAAGAUAUUAGUUUAUUUAAUAAAUUUCUUCGUACACUUAAUGAUAAUGGUGAAAUAUCAUUUAAUGUACAUCAAAUAAAAGUUCUUCUACAAUCAGAUGAAUAUCAAUUUUUAAAUAAAAAAUUAGAAAAUAAAAAAAUUGGUUUUAUAAAUUUUUUUGAAACAAUUAUACGUUAUCAACAAGAUAAUUCAUGUCGUUCAUUAAAAACUAUUUGUCGUUUAUCAAUUAAAAUGCAUAUUAAACAAUUUCCAGAUGACAUUAAACAAUUAUCAACAUAUCCAUCGAUGAAUGAUCGACUUAUAACAUAUUUAACUUAUGAAAAUAACGAAUUGCCUGAUGUUGCUUUGAUAAAAAUUUUCCGUACGCUUGAUCAUAUAGAAUUAGUUCGUCUGUAUCAUAGUUUUGAUACAUCAAAACGUAUACAAAAUUUGAUACAUAAUUGUUCAUGUUUAUGGAUAAAUAUUCAUAUAAAAUCAACUGUUGAUUAUCAUUUAUUUACCUACUUUUGUCGUUUAUUAAUAUCAAAUGCAUUAACAAUUCGUGAAUUAAUAAUUGAUGAACUUGAUUUAACAUGUAGAAAAAUUCUUUAUGAUAAUGAAUUUUCUUUAAAAAAAUUUUCUAAUCUUGAACAAUUAAUUAUACAUGAUGAAUAUAUAUGUAAUACUUUACAAUCAUUAAAUUUUUGUUCAUUAACAUUAAAAGUUUUACGUUUAACAAAUGAUCAUGUAAAUUUACAUCAUAUUAAUCAUUUAAAUCAAUUAAAUACUUUACAAUUAACUUUUUAUUCAAUAGAUAUAUUUCAUAAUAAAUUUGAACAAUUAACUAAUUUACAUUUAAAAAUCAUGUUUGAUUAUGAUCAUAAUUCUCGUGAAAUAUUUUCUCGUUUACCUAAUAAACACUUACAAAUUUUAACAUUAAAAUUUCUUUUAUUAAAUAAUGAUUAUAAUUUUUUAAAUGAAUUUGAUCAAUAUUUACAUACAUGUUCUUAUCUUCAUACACUUGAAUUAACAUAUUUACAUGGUAUGUGUCCAUUAAGUUUAUAUACAAAUAUAAACUAUUUGAAAUAUCAACGAAUUAUACUUAUUAAUAUAUGUCAAUUAAAACAAAUGAAAGUUUUUAUUGAAUUCAAUCAAAUUGAUUUACCAUUAAAAUAUUUACAAUUCAAUUCAACAUUAAAUACAAAUCAAUAUUCAUCUUAUAUACAAAAUGAAUUUUGGUACCGUCGUCAAAUAAUUUCUAUUGAUUAUAUACAAUGUGUAACAACAUCAAUGGAACUUUUGAAUGAAUUAAAUAUAAUCUGGUCAGAUAAAAAUCAAAUAACACAAUCAUUUGAAUCCUAUAUACUUCGUUCUAUUUAUAAUGCAUCUCAUAUAAUAUCUUCACUAAAAAAUUUAUCAAUUAGUAAAUUUGAAGUAAGUCUUAAUGGUUUAAUUACACUAAUGACUAGUUUACCAUUAUUAAAUGAUUUAAUAAUAACUGAUGGCAAAAUUGAUCAAAUGGGCUCAGGCAUGUGGAAUAUGGAAAAAAUAGUAAAUGCUAUACCGAAUAUAUCUCAAUCUAAUAUACAAACAAUUGUCAUGAUUAAUAUUCAAAUGUCACGUCGAACAAUUGUUCAAUUAUGUUUAAUGACUCAACAAUUGAAAUCAUUAACAAUGAAUGAUGUACGAAUAUUGGAUAAAACGAUUAUUUUAGAACAAAAUCAAACUGAUAUUCGUCCAAGUUUCCUAGUUUUUUUAAAACAAGUUGCUCAAUAUACAGAUCAAUUUAAAUGGAAUCAUAUGAAAUCAUUGACAAUAGGAAAAAAUAUGAUUAAUCGUCAAAAUCUUUUAUCAUUUAUUCCAUCAGAUGUAAAUAAUACUUAUUCUAUAAAUAUAAAUCAUUUAUGUAUUAUUAUUCAUGAUCAUACAUUAUUAGAAUCUCAUGAUAUAUUUCGAAAAUCAAUAAAGAAGUUGAUAAAACUUUAUUCAAAACUAACAUCAUUUAUUAUUGAAUUUACGAAACGAUAUGAAGGACAUUUUCGUUUAAGAAAUCAAUUACAAACAUUAUUUGAAUUAAAUACAAAUAAAAAAAUUUAUAUCUAUCCAACUAUACAUGAUAAUGCUUGUCGUUUUUGUUUUGAUACAAAUUUUAAUAAUGAUGAUGAUGAUAAUGAACAAAUUAAUUCUAGUCAACGUAAUCGAACUUUUUGUGGUAUUCCAUUAUUUCAAUCUAAAAAACAACGAAAAUCAAAUGUUUUUUCAUAA